AUGGCGGUCUCGUUCGUACGGUUUGGACUACGAUCGGUCGCUCUAAGCCUAGAGAGGACAGCAGCCCUUCUCUCGACUAAUACUGUUCAGAAUCAGAUAAAGUUGAUCCACUCGAAGCCGAUAUGCAACGGAACGGUGUGCUACCUUCCGGAGAAGAGUCGGGACGGCCACGAGCUGGUCGAGAGGUCCAACUCGCUGCGCCGCUGCUACAGCAAGCAGCACGGCAGGCCGGAGGAGGACCGGAGGAAAGAACAGUCCGACAGCGAUUCCGAUUCGGACACGGAAUGCAAAGGCUUCGAUAGGUCGGAGUUCUGGCGUCGCAAGAUGCGCACCGUCCACAACAUACUGGACGUGGACAAGGACGGGCUGAUCUCGUUCAACGACUUCCUGCUCUUCGCCGACCGGUUCAAGGCGCUGGGGCAUCUGGACGAAGAGCAGACCAAAGAGUUCACGGCCAUCAUUAAAAUGACGUGGGAGGAGCAGUGGGGGGCGAUAGACCCUUACAACUUCGUGACGGUGGAACAGUACUUGGAGGAUAUGCACCACGUGCUGAACGACAAGUCGCUUAAGAAGCGAGCGCACCGCUGGCUGCCCUAUCUCUUCAAGGCGGUGGACAAGGACAAGUCGGGCUUCAUAUCGGUGGAGGAGUUCAAGCUGUUCUUCCAGUGCCUGGGGCUGGACAACGAGCACGCGGCAGUCGCCUUCGCCGUCAUCGACACCAACGGGGACGGCAAACUGUCGAUGAAGGAGUUCGUGAAGCUGGGCAAGGACUUCUUCCGGACGGAGGACGAGGGGCGCGUCUCCAAAAUGUUCUGGGGGCCGCUCAUCGACGUG